CUCAUGGCCUUGAUUGUAAGGUUGCUUUCAUUCUCCACACGUGCCUUAAAUCUCUUGAAGAUUUCAAAUACUUCUGAUUUUUCCUUCAAAAAGUACACCCAUGUUUUUCUAGAAAAAUCAUCAAUAAAGAGAAGGAAAUAUUUACUUUUACCACGAGACUCUGGUUUGAUCAUUCCACACACAUCGGCAUGGAUGAGUUCUAAAGGCUUCUUUGCUCAUGUCAUAGACUCCUUCGGAAAACUACUUCGAUGAUGUUUGCCAAGCAAACAUCCUUCACACACUUGGUUUGGCUUGUGAAUGUGUGGUAAACCUCGCACCAUCUUCUUCUUCAACAAAUCUUCUAGACUUCCAAAAUUGAGGUGCCCGAACCGUAGAUGUCAUAACCAAGAGAGAUCUUCAUAAUACGUCUUCAAGCAUUUUGAAACAUCAUUACAUAUAUUCAAAGGAAACAUUCAGUUUUUGGUCAUGGAGACUUUAGUAAUAAGUCUCUCAUGAUUAUCCCUCAAAUACAAACAAUUGUUUUUCAUUUAAACUUCAAAACCUUUCUCUAACAAUUGUCCUACACUCAAUAUAUUAUUUUUUACAUUGGGAAUGUAAUAAACGUUUGUGAUAUAUUGAUUUUCUCCAUUUUUUAACCGAAUGAGAAUUUUACCUAUUCCUUUGAUGGCAGCCAAAGAAUUGUCUCCAAAGGCAAUAUUACCUUUCUCCAUCUCGUUCAACUCUACAAACAUCUCGCGUUUUCCACACAUGUGAUUCGAGGCUCCUGUGUCAAGAUACCACAUACUAUCUUGACUCUCUUCUUCUCCCUUUGAAACCAUAAAUAAUGUUCCAUUCUCCUCUGCAUAAUUGGAUUGCCCUUGAUGGGCUUUUGAUGUGCUAGUGGUUGAUCGGUCCUGAUGCUUUCGAUCAAUCGGCUCUGUUUGAGAUGAGUAACACUCAUUCGCAUAAUGUCCAUAUUUGUUACAAUUAUAACAUUUUACCUAAGAUUUAUCUCUUCCGGUCCUUCCACCAUGUCUUCUAUGACCUCGACCUCCUCUUCCUCUUGAGGAUUCAGAUGAGUUUUGAGAAACAUCGAUGUUGGCUUCACCUCUUCCACCAUGGCCUCGACCACCACAACCUCUUCCACGUCCACGACUAUUCUCCUCUUUGAUUUUGAGUUGGAGAAGUUGUUCAACGGUCUAUGUUUGCUCCAUCCUCCUUUUCUUUUUCUCCUCAUAGGCUUGUAACGAGCCUAUAAAUUGUUCAAUUGUCAUGUUCUCGAGAUCCUGUGUCUCCUCGAUCGUCGUGGCGAUGAUCUCGAACUUUGUAUUUAGGCUUCGUAGAACCUUCUCCAUGACACAAACAUCGGUGAUUUCUUCACCAUUUCGUUUCAAUUGGUUGACGACAACCAUUACUUUUGUGUGAUAUUCCGCUAUCACCUCCGUCUCCUUCAUUUGUAAAGAUUCAAACUCACCACUUAAGGUUUGCAACCGUACUUUUUUCACACGAUCGGCUCCUCUAUGAGUCGAUUGGAGUUUGUCCCAUGCCGCCUUUGACAUCUCCGCAUUGGCGAUGGUCUCAACGUAUCUUCGUCCACCGAUUGAUACAAGAUAUAAAGGGUCUUCUUGUUCUUCUUUCUUGUCUCCUUUAACGCAUCUCUUUGCGCUUGAUUGGCUUCAGCUUCUACCUCUUGGAAAUCGUUCUCCACGAUCUCCCACACGUCUUGUGCUCUUAGUAACGCUUUUAUCUUGAUGCUCCAAUUGUCAUAGUUGAGCUUGGUAAGCAUUGGUAGUUGAAGUGAACCUAUCCCACCGUUGGCCAUUUUUCUCUCAAUAUUUUCUACUAGCUCUGAUAGCACUAUGUUAGAAAAAAACGUGGAGGAAAAAUAUGAAAAAUGAGAGAUAUAUUUUCCAUUCAACUAAGCAUGCCUUUAUAUAGGCUUACAAAUAUAACCAUAGGAAUGCCAAUGGUUACAAAAGUCUCAUAACUCACAUAACUCCUAUAACUUAAAAAUGUCAUCAAAUGCUCAUAACUCACAUAACUCCUAUAACUCAUAAAUCACUAUUGGUUACAAAAAACUAAAAGUUACAAAACUCAAAAGUCACACUAAAUACCACAAAUAAAGUUUAAUAAUGACAGCUUGUGCUUUGAGAAAAGAUUUGAAGUUGUUUCCAUGCGGUGAUUUGACUGAAAUUGGAGAAAGAGAGAUAAAUAUGAGUGGGGGACAGAAGCAGUGGAUACAAAUUGCUCGUGUUGUUUAUCAUGAUGCAGAUGUUUAUCUCCUCGAUGAUCCUUUCAGUGCAGUCGAUGCUAAUACAGGAACCCAACUCUUCAAGGAUUGUUUGAUGGGUGUUCUCAAAGAGAAGACUAUAAUUUAUGUAACCCACCAAGUUGAAUUUCUACUGGUAGUCGACCUCAUUUUACAUGAAAGGUGGAGCUUUUGUCCCAAUCAUAGUCUUGGCUCACACAUUAUUCCAAGCACUACAAAUAGCCAGAAAUUACUGGAUGACGUGGGCUUGUCCAACUACAAGCGAGAGAGAACUAAAAGUUGGGAUGAAUAUCGUACUAGUUGUGUAUUUUCUACUUGCAGUUGGAAGUUCACUAGGCUUGCUGCUGCGAUCAACAUUAUUAGCAGUUAAUAGGACUUCAAACAGCACAAAAGUUCUUCAAAGAUUUGGUAUUUAUAAUCUUUAUACCUGUUACUGCAACCUGCAUCUGGUACCAAGUAAGCAGUUUACUCUUUCAGACUAGAUAUCCGCAAAUUAUAUAAUAUAUGACUUCUAAUCAACUAUGUUUUUUCUUAUUAUGCUAGCAAUAUUACACACCCACAACAUGUUAAUCCUCCACCACUUUGCAGAAUCCCUAGUAGGAUUAGCAACUAUCCGUGCCUAUAAUCAAGAUGACCAGUUUUUCAAUACUAACCUUUGUCUUAUUGAUGAAUUCUCAAAGACAUGGUUCCAUAAUGCUUCAGUUAUGGAGUGGCUCUCCUUCACUCACAUUUUUUUUUUGCCUUUUCAUUGGUUUUGCUACUCUCCCCAAAGGAAUUAUUGACCCAAGGGGGUAUCUCAAAUAUGUUGGAAAUGUUAUGUGCUUCAUAAUUAAAGUUGAAAUACAAAACCUGGAAAAUUUGACAACUGUGUGAAUAUCUUGAUAUAAACUAAAAAUUGUUUUAGCAUGAAUUUGGAAUUCAUGAUCAAAUUAUCCAAGUUUUCAUCAAAUGAUAAUUAAUUUGAAAUUAAAAAUUUAUUUUUUUAACCCAUAUUAAAUAGGAAAAAUUAAGUAUUCAUUAUGAUUUGAAAUCUUCUUUAGGUAAUGCAGGCUUGGCAGUGUCAUAUGGGAUAAGCUUGAAUUCGCUACAAGCUUUAGCUAUAUGGAGUCUUUGCAAUGCACAAUACAAAAUCAUUUCAGGAGAAAGAAUUCUUUAGUACUCAAAAUUAAAAAGUGAAGCACCUCAUGUUAUUGAAGACUAUAGACCACCAAACAAUUUGCCGCAAGAGGGGAGUAUCACUUUCAAGAAUCUGCAGGUGUGUCUCUACAAAAUAAUAAUGGUAAAACUCUUCGGUUUGAGAAAGAAUCAGAAUACUCUAUUCAUUCAUCAAAGAUAUGAAUAUAUACAAGUGUACAAAGCAUAGAAAAGGAAAAUAUCACAAAAUAUUUACAAGAAUGGAAAGCUCUAACUAUAGAAUUAUAACACUCCCCCUCAAGUUGGAGCAUAUAUGUUAAUCAUGCCCAACUUGUUACAUAUAUAAUCUAUACGUCUUCUAUCCAAUGCUUUCGUGAAGAUAUCUCCUAAUUGUUCUCCAUUCUUCACAUAUCAUAACAACUCUUGUUGAAUUUUCUCACGUACAAAAUGGCAAUCAACUUCAAUAUGUUUAGUCCUUUCAUGAAAUACUGGAUCAGACGCAAUAUGAAGUGUUGCUUGAUUAUCACACCACAACUUUGUCAGUGUAGUGAUUUUAAAUCCCAACUCAACAAGAAGUUCAUAUAUCCAAAUCAAUUCACACACAGAUUGUGUCGUUGCUCUAUAUUCUGAUUCUACACUUGAACGUGACACCAUCUUUUGCUUCUUACUCUUCCAAGAAAUCAAAUUACCACCAACAAAAACACAAUACCCUGAGGUUGAUCUUCUGUCUUCUUUAGAUCCUGCCUAAUCAACGUCUGAGAAACAUUCAAUAUUAGUAUGACCAUAAUCCUUAUAUAAUAAACCACGCCCGGGAGCAGCCUUCAAAUAACAAAGAAUCUGUUCCAAUGCAGCCCAAUGAUCAACUGUAGGGCAUGACAUGUACUGACUUACAAUACUUACUGAAUAGGCUAUGUCGGGUCGAGUCACUGUAAGGUAAUUAAGUUUUCUCACUAACCUCCAAUAUCUUUCAGGAUCUUUUAACAAUUCUCCAUCUUUUGUGAGUUAUAAGUUGGGCAUUAUUGGGGUACUACAUGGCUUAGCCCCUAGCUUUCCUGUUUCAGUCAACAAGUCAAGUACAUAUUUUCUCUGUGAUAAUAGAAUUCAUUUCUUGCUUCUCAUUACCUCAAUUCCUAAGAAGUAUUUCAACAUGCCCAAAACUUUUGUAUGAAAUUGACUAUGAAGAAAGGUCUUUAGAGAC